AUACACUUGUAAUUGCAAUUACCAAAUGAAAAAUAACAAUCAAUCACCAUUCAGCCAUAUAUUGAAGGAGUUGAUAGUUUGAGGGAAAUGGUUAAUCCUGAUGAACUCCAAGUGGGUGAUCAUAUCUAUGUUUGGAGGUCUACAUACUAUCACCAUGGAAUUUAUGUGGGCGAGGUCGAUGGAGUCAAGUACGUGAUUCACUUCGUCUCCACAGAAAAUGUAUUUUUUGUAGGCUCAAGCUCCACUGCUAGCACUAGUAGAAGUCUCCCCACAAACCAGGUUUACCCAUGCGCAGUAUGUGAGUAUGGGAGGAAUACGAAUCCUGGAGUGGUGAAAACCUGCCUUGAUUGUUUCCUGUCAGGGGGCGAAUUGCAGGUGAAGCAGUAUGAUGGAAAUUCGAAACCAGCUAAAGAAGUUGUGGAGAAGGCCUACUUCCUACUGGAACAUGGAUUCGACGACUAUGACCUUGCUCGAAAAAACUGCGAGCACUUUGCCACCUUCUGUAAGACAGGAAAGCCUCGUAGCAAGCAAGUCGAAACAGUUUCAACUUUUGCAGCCAUAAUUGGAGCCUUUGGAAGUAUUCUGGGGGCGGCUUUGAUGUUGUCUGCAAAACAGAAAAACAAUAAAUAAUUAAAAAAAAAAAAAAGAAUAAUCCACGACCUUUAAAAAACAGAAACGAAAAGGUCUCAAAUUAAAAUUUCUCAAAAUAAACGAUUAAAGGCUGUUGAAAAAAAUCAAAGCUUAUCGCGUUCUGAUAUUUUAUAUUAAUAUUAAAAAAUAAUAAAAUUAUUAAAAUGUAAUCAAAUUUUUUUUUUAAUUUAAUUGAUUUAGAUUUGAUUUUAAUUUCAA